AUGAGCGCGCCACAGCAGCAACCGCCUGGGCCUCCCCGUCCCCCAGGCGCUGCCCCAACCUUCAUCCGCCGCAAACCCAACACAGACCCCUUGAGAGCGAGAGUAAAACCCAGAGCCAAACCCCUCCACGCCUUACCCCCAAAGGGCAAAGAGGCCAAAAGGCUGGUCGACUCCUCCGGCGAGCUCGACAAGGAAAUCGAGAGAGAAUACGCCAGCAAGGUCGAGCAGCUGCGUCAACAGCGCGCACGGAAUGGUGGCUGGUCAGAUCAACCCGCCGGCAGCGUCCAGGAGUUCCCUCUUGUCCUCACCAAGAAGGCUUUCCGCGAAGGAAUUCGCCACCAUGUCAUGCGGUUGCACAAGCAGAUGGGCGGAGCAGAAGUCGACAUUGAUUUGUUGAAUCAGGACCAAUUUCCCCGACCCGUCACAUUGCACCGUCGCGACCCGCGCCUUCCUCCCGCUUAUCGGAUGGCUAUGAAGCAAGACGAUGUCCCAAUGGACCCCGAGCAGCAAGCUGAGAUGGACCGCAUCCAAAAGAUGAAGGCUGACAAGGAGGCCCAACGGGCCCUUGAUCAAGCCCAGAUGGCCCCGGUCAUUAAGGACAACAACCCAAAGCCGAAGACAAACAACAAGAAGGAGAAAGCUUCCGCCUUUUACGGCAAGCACUCCGACGCCCACAAGAAGCAGUCCGGCCUGCGCUACGAGGAGACACUUCCAUGGCAUCUUGAGGAUGCCGAGGGCAAGGCCGGCGUGUGGGUUGGCUCUUAUGUGGCCGGUCUUUCAGACAGCAACGUCGUGUUCGUUAUUGACGGCGCGCGUUUCCGCAUGAUCCCCUUGGAGCGGUGGUACAAGUUUGACGAGAAGCCAAGAUUUGACACCCUCUCGCUCGAUGACGCUGAAAAGCUCAUGUACGAGGUCAAGGAGGUCAAGCGAUGGGUCAUGAAGGACAAGGAGAGAGAGGAAAGAUUGCGGGAGAAGCUGGAGACGAGAAUGUUCCUGAACGGCCCUACCAGGGUCAAGACUGAGAGCGCCACUUCUCGCGCCGCUCGUGGAUCCGAGAGACAGGAUGACUACGAGUUGGAUAUCUCUGGCGACGAAUUCCAAGAUGAUGACGAGACUCCUGGUUUUGAGGCGGAUGAUGAGGACGCCAAGGAGUCGAAGGAGCGUGUUCGCAAAGAACAGCUGGCUUCCAACUUGUUCGGUGAGGGUGAGGAAGACAAGGUUGAGAAAGAGGAGAGGGAGAGGCAAUUGGAGAAGCUGAAGAGAAAGAUGAUAGGAAAGCAGACGAUCAAGGGAUUGGUGAAACUGGAGAAGGCGAUGGACUACGACGACAUGUCCGAGAGCGACUCUAACAAUCCGUUUACGGACUCUUCGGAUUCCGACGACUCCGACGAGGAAGAGAAGAAGGAAGAGGAGAAGAAGCCUGAGCCUGUCACUUCGGGGUCUAAUACCAAGGGGAACACCACGCCUUCCAAGAGCGCAAUUGCCAAUAAGAAGGGCAAGUUGAAGCGGGCUGGUUCACCGGAGAUGUCGGAGUCGAGCGACAUCGAGACGGCCCGGAAGAAGAUGAAGACUGGCAAGGGGUCUAGCGUGCCGAGUCGGAUGGGCACUCCUAUUCCCGGCCGGCCGAAGGUCAUGCCGGGGGCUACGAGUGACGGGGAGGCUACCGCUGGGGAGGGGUCUGAUGGCGGUGCGAUGCUGAAGAAGAAGUUCAAGAUGAAGGCGCAGCGGCCUGGUGGGACGCCUUCUGGUUCGAGGGCGGGCAGUCCUGCUCCAGCCGGUAAGCUUUUUCCAUCUGCUGCUGUCACUCCUUGUCAUACAAAUCUAACUCGUGAGAAACAGGUCAAGCCUCCAAGACGGGCACCGCAACGCCCAGCGGCUCGCCGCCUCCGUCCUCGAAGCCGGUUGCUAAGAUCACGGCGCAGGAGUGCUACGAGGCGCUGGCCCGACACACGAACGGCAUUGCGCUCGUGCCGUUCAUGUCGCAGUUCAAGCACCGGAUUGACAAGCCGGGGUCUACUACGAGGCAGGAGUGGAUCCACAUGGUCAAGAGCUUUUCUGACUUUCAUCAUGAGACGAAGUUGCUCAAGGCGAAGCCGGGGUGGAGGCCUAGUUAGGCAUUGUGGUUUAGUUUUUGUAUAA